AAAGCCCCACUCAAAUCUGAGUCCGAGUGUGGAGUGAAGUGGAUUGGAGUGAGUCUUGUGGUUUCUGGCUAGACUGCUGCCAAGUAAUCGUAUUCAACAACAAUUGCAGUCAGUUGAGGUUGAAGCGUCUGGUUGAACGGUUGUAGUACUUGUCGAUCAAUAGACCCAAGAAUCACAGGCCAUAAUAAUAAAAAAGUGAAACACAAAUACAACUUGUUGUAUUAUUAUUGUCUCCGGCCACAUUUGUUGUGUUGUGCCAUAUUCGUGUACUCCAUUGUCUCGGGAAAAGAUUGUAAAAAAAAAAAGGAGAAAAAUUGAAAAGCAAAAACACUGAGGCAAUUGCAACUGCAACUGCAACUUCAGCAGCAACAUUAACAUCAACUGUGCAGCAACGUGAAACUUUUACCCGCCCGCUAUUUUGGCGGCCUAUUGAGCAACCGCCUCACAUACGACUUAACUGCUUUAUAGGCCAUGCAAAAUUGAAGCAAUCUCUGGCUUGGCUUUGGUGUGGCUUGUUUUUCCAUUUUUCAACUAGGAAAACUAGGAAAAGUGAAAAAACGAAAACAACAAAAAAUAUAAAAACAAACGAGUGCAACGGCAGCAGCAGGCUGUUUGCUAAUAAAAUCUAAUUGAUUGUAAUUGUUUCUUAAAGCGAAAACUAACCAGUUGUUAAAUCGCUGUACCGCACGCGGUUUUUCUGUUGCCUUGUCGAUCGGUUUUCAAGUGCACGAAAGUAAGUGCGAGUGUUUUUAGACUAACUAACAAACAUUGCAAAAGGUCAAAGCAGAAACAACACAUAAAUCAAAACUAAGGAGUGGGAGUCCCAAAAAAAGAAAGAAAAGGAAUUGCUUACCGCCAAAAAUAAAUACAUAACAGUUUACAAGCAGCAGACAACAGCAGCAGCAGCAUCAGCAACAUGUUGCCGAGGAUAACUUUUGUGUUCAUCAUCAUUUGUGGAUAUUUAUUAUUUACUGAUUGCCAUGAAACGGUUCGUUCCAAGCGUGCCAAACGCCCACGGGCACCGGAACCGGUUAAUUUCGAACCCGAGCCGCAACAGGAUUUGGAAAACGAUGAGAGCGGUAGUCAGGAGAAGGAUCUGCCGGAGAUACCAGAUAACUUUUUGAGUCCCUCUGUGAGGGAGUAUCUUGAACUUGGAAAAUCUAUUCCAGGUCGUCCAGGCGUUGACUAUCCCAUACUGUCGGCGGUGCCGUACACCAAUUUUUACUGCGACGAACAGGAGUAUCCUGGAUUCUUUGCCGAUAUGGAGACAAGGUGUCAAGGUUGGCACUACUGCGACAUAGAUGGACGCCAGGCCUCGUUCCUCUGCCCAAAUGGCACCCAAUUCUCACAGGCGGUCUUCGUCUGCGACUGGUGGUUCAAUGUGCGCUGCGAUCUCUCACCCCGGCUGUAUGCCAUUAACGCCCGACUCUACCAGCGCCCCAAGGUGAACCCAACUCGGCCACAUCGCAUCAUUACCAAGCAACUGGUCGAAGAUAUCUUUACCUAAAAGCCCCACAUAGCCUCCUCUUAAAUUAGCUUAAGUUUGUCGUUUGCCUAUUAGUUAAUAGAUUAGUUCUAAAACAUUAGGUUGGAGAUUUGAAAUUAGAAUGGAAAUAUGAACACCACCAUUCUUUAUAAUUAAAAGGUUAUUUUCCAUUUUGGACAGACUUUAUUCGUUAAAAAAACUUGAAUCGAUUUCCAAUAGUUUCGCAAGGUAGAAUUUCUAUAAAAUAUGUCAAUUUUGAGCACUUUUGUAACAGUAACUUUUUAAAAUUAAUAAUUGUUUUAACUCAUUUGUAUUUAGUAUUACCAAUUCUAGAAAAUAAAAAUAAAAAAUUUAGCAUUUUCUACGAUUGGUAUUGUACUUAAUAUACAUUUUUGCAAGCAUUUCAUUAGUAAGUUGCAUUUUUCUUAGCAUAAUUAUAGCCUAGAAAAUUUAAAGUAAUUCCUUAAGUUUUGUAUAUAUUUUUAAACUUUAUUAUCAAAUUCAAAAUACAUUUAUUCUUAAGAAAGAAAAAAG